AUGGGAGUGCCACCACCGGGGAUCCGAUGGACAGCAUUGCCCCUUCGACUCCUGGCUGUCGCUUCUCUUACCCUUGACAUCAUUUUCGCGAUCAUCAUUGAUGUUCGCUACGGCACAUCUGCGGGAUUCUACUAUGCUAUUUUUAUCCUAUGGCUCAUCCAUAAUGGCGCUGAUCUACAUCGCCUCAUCCGCAAUAAAAGCCGGCUUCCCUUUGGAGUAUCGAUUUUCUUGGAUCUCAUUGGCAUCGGCGCAAUGUUCGGGGCACUUCUCUUACUUCAGCUACGAGGCUAUGGCGGGCGUACAGUGACGGAGUUGGGGCUGGAUAUUGCUGAAGGGAUACAUUACUGCGCAACGCGCGGGAAAAGGAAGCGUGAAAAGGCUGCAAAACGGGCUGCGCGCCAGGCUCGCCUGGCUGCUCAAAACCAAGAGGCUGUGAAAACAUCCUAG